UGGGUCCGGAAUCGGAAAGAAAGCUUUGUUUUCUCAUCCUUCACCAUUUAACGCCAUGCGGCAGCUUGGAUGUGAGAGACAUUGAAAAGCUUUUCUUGAUUAUCAUAAUACUGUAUGAUGCCAAGAAACUCCCACAGGUAGAGCUUAACUGUCAAAAGCAAGCGGUAAAAUCCAAAUUAUACAUCGUCAAGAAUAAACAAUGAUCAAACAAUAAUGUCAUUCCAACAUAUAAAGGCUAUAAUAUAGGAAAAUAUCGAGGAAGGACGGCUAAAACUGUCCAAACCAAAUCAUCACCAACACCCAUGAAAUGUUCUUAGCCUGCAACAACAAUACUACUUUACAAUACAAGGGCAUUUUGGUCAUUUCAAAGACCGAGAUCAUACUAAUAUUAAUAGUAACUCAAGACAACAACCAAGUGCAUUGGAAGAGUCAGCAGACAACAUAAUACAGAAUGACAGAAAAUAACAUUUGAAUUUCUUCUGUUAAGCGUAUUAGUCCUCAGGAGAACACUUCGAAUUUCUGAUGAAAAUGGAGUCUCCACCAGUAUUAUCACCCUCAUCAUCAUCGUCGCAUGGAAAAGAAAUAAUCGCUAUUGUUGCCACCGCUGCAAUUACUCUUAUUAUUGCUGCAAUCUUCUUUUUCUGCUAUAGAUAUGUUAGACGCCGGCAGAAAACUAAAAUUGGCACAAGCUUUCAACAAGAUGUGGUGACAUAUGAAGAAUUCAGAAAUUUUGGUGGAAGAGUGAAAGGACUAGUUGUCGAUGAAAAUGGGCAAGAGGUUGUCUAUAUCAAAGAUUUAGAAGAUGGGGAACUUAAAAUCAAUUUGUCAAAGGUUGUGUUGAAUUCUAGCUAUGAAGAAGGAGAAGAAAAUAUGACAGAAAAGAGAACGAGAAAAUGCAAGCUUGAGGAAGUAAAAGAGUGUCAAAGUAAAGUCAUAGAAUCAGUUCAACCAAAUCAACUAGUACAGCUACCUCCACCACCACCCUCUCUAUCAAAGAAAGUUAAAGCACUACCACCACCACCUCCUCCUCCUCCACCACGCCCACUCCCAAUGAUAGUGAAAAGACCUCUUAUACCAUCACCUAGGGCUGAUAAUUUGGUUUCAUCACUAAGACCGCCGCCAUUACCAAGAGGGGACACAAACAACGUUACAAAGAAGAGUUCAGGGCCGACGAGCGGUAGCAAUGUGAAGAAGCUAAAGCCAUUGCAUUGGGAUAAAGUUGUAGCUAAUACUGAUCAUUCAAUGGUUUGGAAUGAGAUCAUCGAUGGCUCUCUCAGAGUUGAUGAUGACCAAAUAGAAACGCUGUUUGGAUACAAAAGUGCUACCGGCAAAACCCAUCAAGGAAAUAAGGCGUCACCAAGUAUUAGCAGUUCCAGUGCUGCCUCUACUCAAAUUUUCAUCCUUGACUCCCGCAAGUCGCAGAACGCAGCAAUUGUAAUAAAAUCACUGGCAAUUUCUCGCAAAGAAAUCCUUGAUGCUAUUCUUGAAGGCCAUGGUCUUCCCAUUGAUAUCCUUGAAAAACUUGUCAGGAUUUCUCCAACCCAAGAAGAAGAAGCCAAAAUUCUCCAAUUUACAGGCAACCCCAGUAAGCUUGCAGAUGCUGAAUCUUUCCUUUACCAUAUCCUGAAAACUGUUCCAUCAGCAUUUUUCCGGAUGGACGCAAUGCUUUUCAGAUCUAAUUAUGAUGCAGAAAUUCUCCAACUCAAGGAAUCCUUACAAACACUUGAAUUGGGAUGCAAGGAACUAAGAACUCGAGGCCUUUUCUUAAAACUUCUCGAAGCCAUUCUCAAGGCUGGUAAUAAGAUGAAUGCUGGGACAACUAGAGGCAAUGCAAAAGGUUUCAACCUUACUGCUCUCAGACAGCUUUCUGAUGUUAAAAGCACUGAUGGCAACACUACUUUACUUCAUUUUGUGGUCGAACAAGUAGCUCGAUCAGAAGGCAGACGACAGUUUAUAAAUGAUAUUAGAAAUAUUGAGAGAAAUGACGGUCAAAAAGGAACAAAUAGCGAUUUAGAUUCAGAUACAAAGGCAGCAGCAGAGGAAGGAAAAGAGUAUGUAUUGCUAGGAUUACAAGCAUUAGGGAAACUGAGAAUUGAAUUUUCCAAUGUAAAGAAAGCCGCUACCAUAGAAUAUGACAGCUUCAUCAGCACAUGCUCUUCUCUUACAACCCGAGUUGUAGAAAUUCAGAUGCUCACUACACGCUGUAGCAAUAGCGACGGAGGCAGUUUUGUGAGAGAAAUGAAAGGAUUUUUAGAGUGCUGUGGAGAGGAGCUAAAGGUGGUGGCGGGGGAGCAAACAAGAAUUAUGGAGCUUGUGAAGAGAACAACAGAAUAUUAUUGCCAAGCAGGAGCUUCAAAACAUGAUAGAGAAAACCUGCUUCAAAUGUUCGUUAUUAUUAAAGAUUUCCUUGACAUGGUUGAUCAAGUCUGUAUAAACAUUUCUAAGAAGUUUCAGAAGAAGAAUAUGGCAGCAGCAAGUGCAGAAUCAGCAUCACCGCCAUUGCCAUCAAUUUCAACUUCAGAAAAAUUCCAAGACUUUCGUUUACAUUUGAUAUCAGAUUCGUCGAGGACUGAAUUUACUAGUGAAUCAGAUGAUGAAUUUUGAAGGCAGUUUAAUAAAGUUCUACGCAAAUUUAAUAU